ACCACGCCCGCACCCACCACCGCCACCCCUCCGUCGCCGCUGCUCUGUGAACGCUGCCAGCAUGAACUGGUUCGUGUUUGUCGAGGCAUGGGCCGUCGCAAAAGUAGGUCCAACGCCUCCCUCCCACUUCUACAGUCAUUGACUCCCGCCGACAGCUGGUGCGCUCGCCCAUGUUCAAUCGCGCCAUCCACAAGGCAUACCGCAAGAUCAACAAGAUUCCCGACGUUGAGCCCAAGAACGGCGGAGGCAGUACGUUUGCCUGCCAUACCUACCGAGGCACACUUGCUCACCCAACCCCAGGAACCGGCCCCUCCGCCGUCGACCACUUCAAGGACGAAGUCAAGAACCAGUUCCGCGAUCUCACCUGGCAAAAGCGCCCUCCCAAACAGUGAGCACU